AUGCCACACGGAAAACCGGAACACUGGGAAGCUGUUCUGAUCAAUGUUCCAAUCGUCUGUACUGGUGUUGCAACGGCUUGUUAUGCCCUUCGCCUUUUCUCGCGCUACUUGUUGGAUCAUAAACUACGAAUCGAAGAUGGAAUGAUGGGAGCAGGCGUCAUUUGCACUUGGGGAGUCGCGAUAUGUAUCGUAUAUUCUGCUGUUCAUGGUGUCGGAACGGGAGAAUCAAUAUGGGAUCUCCCGCGCGAGCAAAGGUUGCGCAUUGCCUUGUCCAAUUGGAUUCUACAGAAAUUUUGGCCUGUAGCGCAAGUCUUUGUCAAGGUCUCAAUCUUGAUCUUCCUCCGGCGACUAUUGAGCGUCGUUGACUGGGCUAGACACGCUGCAACUGCUCUCAUGGUCUUUGUCGUGGCCUGGGGAGUUGCAGCCUUCAUUGCGAACACCUUUCAAUGCUGGCCGGUUCAGUAUUUCUGGAUUAAAAGCAUUAAAGGGUCGUGUAUAUCUGGACAGACGACCCUUUACACUAUAAUUGGAGCCUUCUCGGUGGUAGAGGAUGUCCUCAUUCUUGCCCUGCCACUACCAAUUGUAUGGAAUCUUCAAAUGCGCUUGCGUGACAAGAUUCAGCUCACAUUUUUAUUUCUGAUGGGUUGCUUGGUGUUUGUUUUUAGUAUUCUACGUUUACUUCAGUUGAAGAAUUAUCUAACGGAUAAUUUGACAUAUAGCAGUGGUUUGUCGUUGAUAUGGGCCAUCUUGGAAUUGGACAUGGCAAUCAUAUGCGGCUCUCUGAUGAUGCUUAAACCUCUCUUCCAGUCCUGUAUGGGAACAUUACGGAAGGGCGCUAAUAGACUGAGCAGUGGCUCAUAUUCGUUCGACUCUAGGGGGCCUGUCAGAUCAUCUCGCGCAUCACGGGAGUCAGACGGCUUUGGAUACGGGCGCACUGAGAUGUUGACCACUCCAACAGCAGCGAGGGUAGGGCCCGGUACAACAUACAAUGCCAACUGCAGCGAGGAUUGGACUAUGUUCGAAGAUAUACCAAGCUACGACCUUGAUUCCAAUCCCGAUCCGCUGAAACGGAAAAGUACAGCCGUGUGA